CAUUGGGUAGCGGUGAGUGGGUCCCGUGUUCACCCUUUCAGACUCCGUAGCGUCACAAAUUUCGGGGAAUUUCCGGGAAACGGACACAGAGCACAGAGAGAGAGAGAGAGAGAGAGAGAGGGAGGGAGAGAGAGAGGUGGGCAGGCGUUGGCGGCUGCAAUGGCGGCACCGUCUUGCUGCAUGGGCCGGCAAGCCCUCGAGGCCUCUUCGUCUUCCUCUGCUGCUGCUUCUGCCUGUCUCCCUCUCGCCAAGAAUUCGAGUUUCAGGUUCUUCCGUAGGACAAAGGGAUUCGUGGUUCCAAAUCACUCCUACUGUCGUCUCCGUGCCGUGACGAUUCGAAGGCAGUGUGGAAUUAAGGCUGUUGCGACACCUGAAUCUGCAUUGGGGUUGCCACUUACAGCUGAAAAUGUUGAAUCAGUGUUGGAUGAAGUGCGACCUUAUCUUAUGUCAGAUGGAGGCAAUGUGGCUUUGCAUGAGAUAGAUGGCAAUGUUGUCAGGUUGAAAUUGCAAGGAGCUUGUGGCUCUUGUCCAAGUUCAGUCAUGACUAUGAAAAUGGGAAUUGAACGGCGUCUAAUGGAAAGGAUCCCAGAAAUUUUUGCUGUUGAGCAAGUUGCAGAUGAAGAGACAGGAGGUCUUGAGCUAAACGAAGAGAACAUAGAGAAGGUACUCGAAGAAAUCAGGCCAUAUCUUGGGGGAACUGGUGGUGGUGAGCUGGAGCUUGUCAAAAUAGAAGAGCCAAUUGUGAAAAUCAGAAUAACCGGACCAGCUGCAGGAGUGAUGACCGUCCGUGUGGCUGUAACUCAGAGAUUGCGGGAGAAGAUACCAGCAAUUGCAGCCGUCCAACUCCUGUGAGUGCAUUGACAAUGGCUGCAUCAUUGUGGGUGCAACCAUCGUACAGGCUGAUGAAAGUUGUACCGGAAGCUUGGCAGUGUCAUCAUGCAUUGAAUGGCCCCUCACUUUAGAAUUUUAAGUAGAUUGUAACAUAUUUUGUUUAUCAUAAUGCCAAUAAACCUCUUGUGCAGUUCACUUAUUCCCAAGUUUGUUGGGCAGAAAGGGAGAGAGAAAGAGGUCAACUGCAUGUAGUUAUCAAUCUUUUAUUUAGAAUAAUUGUGAGAUACAGUAAAAGAAAAAGAGUAAGAAUUGAUGGCGAAUAUGUUUGAUGCUGCCGA